AUGGACAGGUUUGAGGCCAUUUACUCCAACACACCGCCCGCUCCUCCACCCAAGCCGGGCAGCCACGAUGUCUCCCGCAUGAGCACGCCCAUUAAUACACAACCACCCGGGCCAUCACCACUUCCAGAUCAGCAGCAACAUUCCGACCUCCCAGAACCCGCAGGAAUACCGGCGUCGCAACAAGCACAGGUCACUCGGCCGCAAGCAAUACAAGACCCUGGCGACCAAUGGCUGCCCCAUUUCCUUGAAGACAAGUCGAAACAAGACCUCGCCGAGAUCCUCUCCACCCCCGCCCUCCUCUCAGGCCUGACCCACGGCCCCUCGACAGCCCACCCCUCCCUGACAACCAGCUCCGAGGCCCUCUCGUCGAGCCUCUCGGCCAACAUCGACCUCGCAACGCACCUCCUCGAGCUCGAGUCGCGGCUCGCGCACGCGCGCGGGUCGGCGCAGGCGCUGCUCCUCAGCACGCACGCGUCGGAGCGGGCGUGGCGCGCCAAGCAGAGCGAGAUGGACCACGCGCUGAGCCCGUUCGCGCCGGCGAGCCUGUACCAGCGGCUGGGCGCGGGCGUCGCGGAGCAGGGGCAGGUGUGCGCGGCGCUGGAGGAGAGCUUCCUCGAGGGCGAGGGCGACGACGGGGCCGCGGCCACCGAGAGGGAGACGCUCGACUGGGUCCGGCGGUACAGGGAGGCCAAGAAGCUGCAUUACCUCCGCCAGGAGAGGAAGGAGAGGUGGGACGAGGGGCGCGUGGGCGGUUGGAGAUGA